GCAGCGCGGUUAUUACGUCACGAAAUAUGAUACCUUUCGCGUGACUCAGACAAACAAACCAUCUCAGUAGAAGAGGAAUGACUGCAAAUAUAAAUACUUCGUAUCUAAAUCCACUUAAAACAGCUACAAACUUGACUGAAAAUGAUGGAGUUCCUGGAUCCAGGUUUGAUGCUGACCCGGGAAACUAUACUGUCUACCAGUUAAAGCGUUGGCUUAAAUGCAGAGACCUAAAAGUCACUGGAAAGCGUAGCGAACUGCUCGCACGUGUUCAGGAUUGUAUAAACGCUGGAAAUUACCGCAUUCUUGAUCCGAGUAUAGAUGGAGGUAGGUGGCUCGAUAUUAAGGUAUCCAAGGAAUACAGCAAGGACGGAAAAAUAAUCAAAGAGCCAAAGAAUAAAGUCCCUGAAAUACCUACAUCGGGCUGGAAAAACUUUCCAUCCAAUGACAUACCGGCGCAGUUCAACUAUGGACACGUUUAUCUCUAUGCUUUAGAAUCGCUUCCAUCACGAUCAGAAAGUGAAGUCGUAGAUCAAACGUCUGAUGAUAGUGAUGAUGAAGCAAAGGGACACGGACUCGGACAUAUGACUGACAAGCCUUUCAAGAACGGACGUAAAUAUGUUGACUCUGGCUUCGUACACGACGUUACUGACAACAAGAACAGUGAUUAUUAUUUCCUUCGCGCGCACGUUUGGCCCUCAAUGAAAACAGAUCUUCCUCACAAUGUAUUGAUAAUUUUAUCGAUUCAAAGUGGCGCAGUUAUACAUGCAUCGUGUGAGCCAUGCAAAGCGUCAGAACUUGGCCGAUGCAGCCACGUAGUUGCGGUUUUGCUGUUGUUAUUAGAC